ACUCCCUGCCUGGAGCCAACAUGGCUGAGAGCUCGCCGCCCGCAGCCCUGGCCCCUGAGCCCAGCGUCACAGAGCAGCCCGGCCCACAGAGCCCAAGCCCCCCGCCUUCCCCCCCGGGUCUGGCGGAGCCCCUGGAUGGAGCUGACCCCGACGUCCCGCACCCCGACCUGGCUCCCAUCGCUUUCUUCUGCCUGCGGCAGACCACCAGCCCCCGGAACUGGUGCAUCAAGAUGGUGUGUAACCCCUGGUUUGAGUGUGUCAGCAUGCUGGUCAUCCUGCUGAACUGCGUGACACUGGGCAUGUACCAGCCCUGCGAUGACAUGGACUGCCUGUCCGACCGAUGCAAGAUCUUGCAGGUCUUUGACGACUUCAUCUUCAUCUUCUUCGCCAUGGAGAUGGUGCUCAAGAUGGUGGCCCUGGGCAUUUUUGGCAAGAAGUGCUACCUUGGGGACACGUGGAACCGCCUGGACUUCUUCAUUGUCAUGGCCGGGAUGGUCGAGUACUCUCUGGACCUUCAGAACAUCAACCUGUCUGCCAUCCGCACCGUGCGUGUCCUGCGGCCCCUCAAAGCCAUCAACCGUGUGCCCAGUAUGCGGAUUCUGGUGAACCUGCUCCUGGACACCCUCCCCAUGCUGGGAAAUGUCCUGCUGCUCUGCUUCUUCGUCUUCUUCAUCUUUGGCAUCAUUGGUGUGCAGCUCUGGGCCGGCCUGCUGCGCAACCGCUGCUUCCUGGAGGAGAACUUCACCCUACAAGGAGAUGUGGCCCUGUCCCCCUAUUACCGGCCAGAGGAUGACGACGAGAUGCCCUUCAUCUGCUCCCUGUCGGGGGACAACGGCAUCAUGGGCUGCCACGAGAUCCCCCCCCUCAAGGAGCAGGGCCGAGAGUGCUGCCUGUCCAAGGACGACGUCUAUGACCUUGGGGCCGGGCGGCAGGCCCUCAACGCCAGCGGGCUCUGCGUCAACUGGAACCGCUACUACAACGUGUGCCGCGCGGGCAGCGCCAACCCCCACAAAGGCGCUAUCAACUUUGACAACAUCGGCUAUGCCUGGAUCGUCAUCUUCCAGGUGAUCACCCUGGAGGGCUGGGUGGAGAUCAUGUACUACGUGAUGGAUGCUCACUCCUUCUACAACUUCAUCUACUUCAUCUUACUCAUCAUAGUGGGCUCCUUCUUCAUGAUCAACCUGUGCCUCGUUGUCAUAGCGACCCAGUUCUCGGAGACCAAGCAGCGGGAGCACCGGCUGAUGCUGGAGCAGCGGCAGCGUUACCUGUCCUCCAGCACGGUGGCCAGCUACGCCGAGCCCGGCGACUGCUACGAGGAGAUCUUCCAGUACGUGUGCCACAUUCUACGCAAAGCCAGGCGCCGCGCCCUGGGCCUCUACCAGGCCCUGCAGAGCCGGCACCAGGCGCUGGCCCCGGGGGCGCCCCCCGCCAAGCCGGGGCCCCACGCCAAGGAGCCCAGGCACUACAAGCUGUGCCAACGUCACAGUCCCCUGGACCCGACGCCCCACACGCUGCUGCAGCCCGUCUCGGCCAUGCUGGCCUCUGACCCCGCCUGCUGCCCCCGCUGCCAGCGUGAGGCCGGCCGGCGGCGGCCCAGCACUGACUCAGGCCAGGAGGGCUCGGGCUCCAGGGACUCUGGCGGAGGCUCCGAGGAGGUGGAUGGGGACGGGGCCUCCUCCGGGCUGGGCAAGGAGGAGGAGGAGGAGCCGGUGGACGGGGCGGCCCGGCUCUGUGGGGCCGUGUGCAGGGAGCUGCGUGGCAAGCUGCGUGGCAUUGUGGACAGCAAGUACUUCAACCGCGGCAUCAUGAUGGCCAUCCUGGUGAACACCGUCAGCAUGGGCAUCGAGCACCACGAGCAGCCCGAGGAGCUGACCAACGUGCUGGAGAUCUGCAACGUGGUCUUCACUAGCAUGUUCGCCCUGGAGAUGAUCCUGAAACUGGCGGCCUUCGGGCUCUUUGACUACCUGCGAAACCCCUACAACAUCUUCGACAGUAUCAUUGUCAUCAUCAGCAUCUGGGAGAUCGUGGGGCAGGCAGACGGUGGGCUGUCAGUGCUGCGGACCUUCCGGCUGCUGCGGGUGCUCAAGCUGGUGCGCUUCAUGCCUGCGCUGCGGCGGCAGCUGGUGGUGCUCAUGAAGACCAUGGACAACGUGGCCACCUUCUGCAUGCUGCUCAUGCUCUUCAUCUUCAUCUUCAGUAUCCUUGGGAUGCACAUCUUUGGCUGCAAAUUCAGCCUCCGCACAGAUACAGGCGACACCGUCCCGGACAGAAAGAACUUUGACUCCCUGCUGUGGGCCAUUGUGACCGUCUUCCAGAUCCUCACGCAGGAGGACUGGAACGUCGUCCUCUACAACGGCAUGGCCUCCACCUCCCCCUGGGCCUCCCUCUACUUUGUCGCCCUCAUGACCUUUGGCAACUACGUGCUCUUCAAUCUGUUGGUGGCCAUCCUGGUGGAGGGCUUCCAGGCAGAGGGCGAUGCCAACCGCUCCUACUCAGACGAGGAUCAGAGCUCCUCCAAUCUGGAGGAGUUUGACAAGCUGCCGGAGGGGCUGGACAGCGGGGGAGAUCUCAAGCUCUGCCCAGUUCCCAUGACGCCCAACGGGCACCUGGACCCCAGCCUCCCGCUGGCUGGCCAUUUGGGCCCCGCUGGAGGCUCGGCCCCUGCCCCUCGCCUCUCACUGCAGCCGGACCCUGUGCUGGUGGCCCUGGGCCCCCGCAAGAGCAGCGUCAUGUCCCUGGGAAGAAUGAGCUAUGACCAGCGCUCCCUGUCCAGCUCCAGGAGCUCCUACCAUGGGCCGUGGGGCCGCAGCGGGGCCUGGGCCAGCCGCCGCUCCAGCUGGAACACCCUCAAGCACAAGCCUCCAUCGGCCGAACACGAGUCCCUGCUCUCGGCGGAGCGCGGGGGCGGUGCGCGGGCCUGCGAGGGUGCCCCCCGGGACGAGGGGCCGCCCAGGGCUGUCCCGCUGCACGCCCCGCACGCGCAUCACGCGCACCACGGCCCCCACGCGGCGCACUGCCACCGCCACCACCGCCGAACGCUGUCCCUGGACACCAGGGACUCGGUGGACUUGGGCGAGCUGGGGCCCACGGGGGGCGCCCACCCCCGGGCGGCCUGGAGGGCAGCGGGCCCGGCCCCGGGGCACGAGGACUGCAAUGGCAGGAUGCCCAGCAUCGCCAAGGACGUCUUCACGCAGAUGAACGACCGCAGGGACCGCUGCGAGGAUGAGGAGGAGAUCGAUUAUACCCUCUGCUUCCGUGUCCGAAAGAUGAUCGAUGCCUACAAGCCCGACUGGUGCGAGAUCCGAGAGGAUUGGUCCGUCUACCUCUUCUCCCCAGAGAAUAGGUUCCGGGUCCUGUGUCAGACCAUCAUCGCCCACAAGCUCUUUGACUAUGUUGUCUUGGCCUUCAUCUUCCUCAACUGCAUCACCAUCGCCCUGGAGCGGCCUCAGAUUGAGGCAGGCAGCACUGAACGCAUCUUCCUCACCGUGUCCAACUACAUCUUCACAGCCAUCUUCGUGGGCGAGAUGACCCUGAAGGUGGUCUCGCUGGGCCUGUACUUCGGGGAGCAGGCGUACCUGCGCAGCAGCUGGAAUGUGCUGGACGGAUUCCUGGUCUUCGUGUCCAUCAUUGACAUCGUGGUGUCUCUGGCCUCAGCGGGAGGGGCCAAGAUCCUGGGUGUCCUCCGGGUCCUUCGGCUCCUACGCACCCUCCGUCCCCUGCGGGUCAUCAGCCGGGCCCCUGGCCUGAAGCUGGUGGUGGAGACCCUCAUCUCCUCCCUCAAGCCCAUCGGCAACAUCGUGCUCAUCUGCUGUGCCUUCUUCAUCAUCUUCGGCAUCCUAGGGGUGCAGCUCUUUAAGGGCAAGUUCUACCACUGCCUGGGGGUGGACACACGCAACAUCACCAACCGCUCCGACUGCAUGGCCGCCAACUACCGCUGGGUCCACCACAAAUACAACUUCGACAACUUGGGCCAGGCCCUGAUGUCCCUCUUUGUCCUGGCCUCCAAGGACGGCUGGGUGAAUAUCAUGUACAAUGGCCUGGACGCUGUCGCUGUGGACCAGCAGCCCGUGACCAACCACAACCCCUGGAUGCUGCUCUACUUCAUCUCCUUCCUGCUCAUCGUCAGCUUCUUCGUGCUCAACAUGUUCGUGGGCGUCGUGGUGGAGAACUUCCACAAGUGCCGGCAGCACCAGGAGGCUGAGGAGGCGCGGCGGCGCGAGGAGAAGCGGCUGCGGCGCCUGGAGAAGAAGCGCCGGAAGGCCCAGAGGCUACCCUACUAUGCCACGUACUGUCCCACCCGGCUGCUCAUCCACUCCAUGUGCACCAGCCACUACUUGGACAUCUUCAUCACCUUCAUCAUCUGCCUCAACGUGGUCACCAUGUCCCUGGAGCACUAUAACCAGCCCAUGUCCCUAGAAACAGCUCUCAAGUACUGCAACUACAUGUUCACCACGGUGUUUGUCCUGGAGGCUGUGCUGAAGCUGGUAGCCUUUGGUCUAAGGCGCUUCUUCAAGGACCGGUGGAACCAACUGGACCUGGCCAUUGUGCUGCUGUCCGUGAUGGGCAUCACGCUGGAGGAGAUCGAGAUCAACGCGGCACUGCCCAUCAACCCCACCAUCAUCCGCAUCAUGCGGGUCCUGCGAAUCGCCCGCGUGCUGAAGCUGUUGAAGAUGGCCACAGGGAUGCGGGCCCUGCUGGACACGGUAGUGCAGGCUCUGCCCCAGGUGGGCAACCUGGGCCUCCUGUUCAUGUUGCUCUUCUUCAUCUACGCUGCGCUGGGCGUGGAGCUCUUUGGGAAGCUGAUCUGCAAUGACGAUAACCCGUGUGAGGGCAUGAGCCGGCACGCCACCUUCGAGAAUUUCGGCAUGGCCUUCCUCACGCUCUUCCAGGUCUCCACCGGUGACAACUGGAACGGGAUCAUGAAGGACACGCUGCGGGACUGCACGCAGGACGAGCGCAGCUGCCUGAGCAGCCUGCAGUUCGUGUCGCCGCUGUACUUCGUCAGCUUCGUGCUCACGGCCCAGUUCGUGCUCAUCAACGUGGUGGUGGCCGUGCUCAUGAAGCACCUGGACGACAGCAACAAGGAGGCGCAGGAGGACGCCGAGAUGGACGCCGAGAUCGAGCUGGAGAUGGCCCACGGCCUGGGCCCUGGCUCGCGCCCGCCCACAGCCUCCCCUGGGGCACCCAGCCGGGGGCCGGGCAGUGGGCCGGACCCUGAGGGCCGUGUGCGCCGCCGCUGCUUCUCGCCAGCCCAGGAGAACCUGUGGCUGGACAGCGUCUCUUUAAUCAUCAAGGACUCCUUGGACGGGGAGCUGACCAUUAUCGACAACCUGUCCGGCUCCGUCUACCACCACUAUUCCUCGCCCUCCAGCUGCGACAAGUGCUACCACGACAAGCAGGAGGUGCAGCUGGCUGAGACAGAGGCCUUCUCCCUGAACUCUGACCGGUCCUCAUCCAUCCUGCUGGGUGACGAUCUGAGUCUCGAGGACCUCACAGCCUGCCCACCUGGCCCCAAAGACAGCAAGGGUGAGCCAGAGCCACCAGAGCCCACCCACGUGGAGGACCUGGGUGAGUGCUGCUUCCCUUUACCCAACACGGCUAUCGCGCUGGGCCCGGAGAACUGCCUGUGUGAGAUGGAAGCCGUCCCGUUCAAUCCAGUCCGGUCCUGGCUGAAACACGACAGUAGCCCAGCAGCGCCCCCGAGCUCCUUCUCCCCGGAUGACUCCAGCCCUCUCCUGCCGAUGCCUGCAGAGUUCUUCCACCCAGCUGUGUCCUCAGGCCAGAAGGGGCAGGAGAAGACCACCUGCCCCGGGACUCUCCCCAAGAUUGCACUGCAGGGCUCCUGGGCCUCCCUGCGAUCCCCCAGCGUCAACUGUGCCCUCCUCCGGCAGGUACGGGCACCCGGCUCCAGGGAGCUCCCCUGCUGGGCCUCUGAGCUGCCUGGAGGUCAAGAGCUGGGUUUCUGGAGGGCGGCAGGGGCGGGCUGACUGAGGACCCAGGGUGACACAGUGCCUGGGGGGCCCUUGGGUAGAGGGGAGAAGCUGUUGUGUUUACAUCAUUGGUGUGGUUUUCUAGAGCCGGGUUUGACAAGUGUUUAACCCAGGGACCUUUGCACAGGGUGGUCUUCAUGCAGGGUGAUUCUGGGACUGGGGUUAUAAGGUGGGCAGGGCCUGGUCCUGGGGACCAUGAAAGUCAGGCAGGAUUGGGGGGCGGGGGACACAAUGCAGACCGCCUCCCAUGGGGCACAGUG